ACGAUGCCCAACACAACAGCUUCUUUAGCGUCUUUAGCCGGCAACACGACCGUCACCUUUUCCACUCCGACCGAAGUAUUCGGCAUCAUCACUAUCCCCAUCAGUUUGGUCGGCACGGCGGGUAGUAUCGGCUGUCUGGGUUUUAUCCGCACCCAUGCCAAACAGCAGAGCAGCAGCACCAACGCACUGUAUAUAAAUUUAUCCAUCGCGACAUUACUUUUCUGUGGAAUUGUGUGUCCGGUACAUGCGUAUACACAGUUGGCGCAACAAGCCAGUUCGUUCGCCCAGCCUACGUAUCUUGCCAAAUCAGCGUGUAGCUUUAUCGGGUUUUUCUACUUUUGGACGCUGACCGCUUCGGCGUAUUCCCACAGCGCCAUUGCCGCGAAUAGAUUGUUUAUCGUUGUAUUGCAAAAAUCUAAACUCAGUUCUACAUCGACGACGGUUUUCCUGAUCGCGGCGUCAUGGUUCAUUGCCGGGAUGACCUUUAUGUGGCCGCUACUGCGUUUAGGCGGAACGUAUGGAUUCUCGACGGAGAGCAUGAAAUGCACUUUCUCCUCGUUGACCUCCCCGGAAUUUGUCAUUUCCUAUAAAGUCCUCUACGGCUUCGUCCCGGUGAUUAUUAUGGUCAUCUGUUAUGCUGCCGUGUUCUGCAAAGUUGCAAUUUCCAGCCGGAAACUGCGGAAGAAUCCCGCGGUGAACCAGGCCGGCGCUCUGCUGAUGCCAGUUAACCAUCGACGUCAGCGCAAUGCCGAGCGGAAGAUCACGCAGAUCGCCUUCAUUACCUGUGUGGGCUUUAUUGUCUGCUACGUGCCCAGCGCGAUCUUCGGCUUUGUGGUGAAAGCGCGGGCGGCCCUGCAGUCACCCAUGGGGAUGGCGCUGGUGUUCCUGAUGUGGAUUGGUUGCGCGGCCAAUCCGCUGUUGUAUACGUAUCUCAACUCGGAUCUGAAGAAGCGGGUCCACGAUGUGCUGAAACGCCGGCUGCCCUUUGCGGAACGUGUCUUUGGCGGAUCAUCCACAAACGGGAAUUCCAUGUCCCUGACCGGCGUAAAACGGAUUACCAGCACCGUCUCCAAUAAGGUCCAUCCGUCACGCGACCAGUAAUAACUGCCCUUUGUCAUUGUACAGUUUAAAUUGUCGUUGUUUUCCGCAACUUACAACAAUAACUGUGCUGUAGAAAUAAAUCAUUGCUCGGGUUGCAGAUGUAUAAUAAU